AUGAAUUCCAGUUCCCCAUCAUGCCAUAGUUCCUCAUCACCCAGUAGAAUGUUUUGUUGUUCCAACUCAGAAGAUUACUCCUUAACUGAUCAAGAUAUAUAUGGUCAUCCAUUAUCCAAAGAGAUUUUAUCUCGUUCCCCAUCAUAUUAUCUUGAUAAGAUGUAUACCCCAAAAAAACCAAUCGAUCCAUAUCCAUACAUACCAAUCGAUCACUCCAAAGGCUUCAACCCAAAUUUACGUCUUUGUGAUGUAAGACACCCAAUGCCUUGGGAAAUUGAAAGAAUGGAAGAAGAAAGAUUGGAAAAGGAAAAUCAAGAGAAAGAACGUAUCGAAAAAUUAAAGAGAGAACAACAAGAAAAGGAGCAUAUGGAACAAUUAGAAAAAGAAAGACAAGAGAAAGAACAACAAGAAAAGGAACAUAUGGAGCAAUUAGAAAAAGAAAGACAAGAGAAAGAACGUAUUGAGGCUUUAGAAAAAGAAAGACAAGAAAAUGAACGUAGACAAGCUCUAGAAAGAGAAAGAUUAAUUAAAGAGCAACAAGAAAGAGAGCAGAAAGAAAGAGAAUGUAUCCAAGAAUUAUUAAGAGAAAGAUUAGAAAGAGAAGAAAGGAUACCCAGAUUGCAAAGAGAAAGAGAAGAAAGAGAAGAAAGAGAAAAAGAACAACAACUAAGAGAACAGCAGCAAAGAGAACAACAAGAAAGAGAACAACAAGAAAGAGAAGAAAGAGAAGCACAAGAGAGAGAACAACAAGAAAGAGAACAACAAGAAAGAGAGGAAGCUGAACGUAGAGAAAACCAAGAUCGAUGUACUAUUUGCAUUGAGAGAAUUGAACCAAGUCAACUUGCAAUUAUCGAUUGUAACCACAAUUUUUGUUACGAUUGUAUUAUGGAAUGGUGUUAUCGUCGUGAUAACAUAUGUCCAAAUUGCAGAGCUCCAUUCUUUUUAGUAAGAAGAGCUAAUCAAGUUGACCGUUCAACAGAUGAAGCUAAUGUAGAACAAGGUACUCAUGAUGAAAAUCCAGCUAAUAAUCAAGAUAAUGCUGCUAAUAAUAAUAAUCAAAGUCCACCAGUAUUAAAUAAUGAUGUUUCAAAUUCCAACGAUUCAGAAGUCGAGAUGGAAAUAUAUGACCGUAUGGAUAUCGAUUAG